AAAUUUUAUGGCGCAGUAGUCUACCUAUGUCAAAUGAACUCUCUUCGGUCAGUUGUUCAGCAUCGCAAUUUUAUGUGCCCACAGAGGAUAAUUCGGGUUUUCAUAUUUGCAGCACAAAAGAUGCUGGCUCACCAAGGAGAAAUGUUGCACGCUUUCAACGCCCUACAGCAUUGCUGAGUGAAAGACAUAGGUCUGAGUCUCCUGCAACUCGUUCAAAAAGCAGACAAAAUGAUUUGGCUGCCACUCUGGACCGACAGCAUGACAAGUAUGUGCCUACAUUUGUUCUUUAAUUAAGAUAGAUAUGACUUUGAGUCAUUGCAGAGAGAAAUUACCAAAAGAAGUGGAGUCCUCGUUUUUGGAAACAAAGUACUAAGCUGUUUUCAUACUCAUUUCAUAGGUUUUGCAUGCAAAAACAGAUGACUUCAUCAACGAAGGUUGCUUGGGUUCUGGGACCUGUAGUUCUGUAUAUAAAAUGCGGCACCGUUCAAAACAUGAUAUUGUUAUGGCUGUUAAGCAGAUGCGUGUGUCAUCUACGUAUGAAGAAGAAAACAAGCGUAUUAUGAUGGACCUAAACAUUGUUACCAAAAGUUUUGAUUGUGCUCACAUUGUCGAAUGCUAUGGGAUAUUUUUUUCUGGAGGUGAUGUUUGGAUAUGUAUGGAGGUUAUGUCAACUUGCUUGGACAAGCUAUACCACGAUUUGCAUCGUCCAUUUCCUGAGAAAGUAUUGGGGAAAGUGACUGUAGCCGUAAGUUUGGUUGACUACUUUAAUCCUUCUAAAGAUCACUACUGCUCUAGACUAUUUGAAGAGGAAGCACAAUGUAAUGCACAGAGACGUUAAGCCAUCUAAUAUGCUUUUGAGUUAUCAAGGUGUGAUCAAACUAUGUGAUUUUGGAAUAAGUGGAAUACUCAAAGAUUCAAUCGCUCGUUCAAGACAACCAGGGUGUACUGGAUACAUGGCCCCGGAGCGUCUAAACAAUUCAACGUAUGAUGUUCGUGCGGACAUAUGGUCACUUGGUAUAUCACUGUUAGAGCUGGCGACGGGAUCUUUCCCGUAUACUGGAACUCAGAUUGAGUUUGCUAUUAUGACGAAAAUCAUCUCUGACCCACCACCGUCGUUGCCGCAUCAUAUACCCUUCACACAAGCGUUUCGGCAGUUUGUGGAGUUGUGUUUGACAAAGGAUCACACUCAGCGUCCGAAAUAUCGCUCAUUAAUGAGUACAGAAUUUUUUGUUCGAUAUAACAGAGAACCACAUCAUGUGUUAGAAUGGCUCAAAGCACUUCCGUUGCCACAUCUACAUCAUACGGAUGAGACAAAUACAAAUAGCAUUUGGGAUCGCAAAACUCCAACAAGCAUUAUGUCAGCUACCAACAAUCUAACAGAUACACCUGAAUCUCCUGAUUCCUUAACUACUCUUAGCCCAGAUGUCUCCCGAGGAUUGAGUAGUAUGUCGUUGAAUGAAUUUUGUGAGUCGAGGAAAGCCUCCAGGGAAGAAAUAAACAGGCCAAAUGAAAUAGAUGUUACUUUAGUUGCAGCACCUAUGGUGAAUACAAAUGCUGAUAUUCAUUCACAAUUUAUUGUUGAUAAACCGUCGAUAAAUUUUAGUCAGUUUGAAAAUGGAACUGUUCCAACUACUACUUCAUCGACAAUCAGUACUGAACAGUUUCCCGCCAAAUCGAUUAUCACCACUUCUCCUAAUAGUCAAAACACAAUGAUGGAACAAAGCUCAGGAAAUUUUAUUCACUUACUAGAAAGCAAGGCUAAUAAGUUCCUGUCUCAGACUUCAUCGGGUUAUGGGUCUGCUGGUUCUGAUAGUUCUCCAGGGUCUCUUGGAAGCGAUAGUCGACCACCAAGUUCCACUCAAGUUCUUGAUGUGGUAGUGUCUAAUAGGAAUGUUAAUGGAAUGCCUCCUCUACCGACGGUUCAACGCUGUAAACCUGCUUGUGUUGUCCGAGUCAAUAAAUCUGAUAAAUAUUCUCUCAGUACACCAGAAAAUAAUGUUGAUUGCUCUAAGAUACCAGUCCGUCCAAUCGUCUCAGACCCACUACCCAAUCACCCUGUUUGUCAGAAGACUCCACAGUCAGUGCUGGGAUCUGAUCAAUGGAGCACUCUGUCUUUAUCCUCCAGAACAACUCAUAUUAAUACAUCUCAUCCUGUUAUGGAAACUUUAACGCAUAGUCCGUUGUCAUCCCUUAUUGAGAAAUUCGAACCUAGUGUUGUAGGCGCUAAUAGUCUAGAUGCUAGUAGUAGCCCUAGUGAAAAGUAUAAGAAUUCAAAGCAAAUAGUUUCUUCAGGGGUUGAUCAUGAAAAAAGAGCUAAACCCUUCGAUUUUCCUGAAAUUGCAUUGGGAUCUAGUCGUACCAAGUGUGAAGAUACUAAUAAACGAAAAGUAGCUGGUCAAACGCGUUCUUCUUCUGUCGGUGCUCAGCUGCAACGUUCUCCCGCUCAGAGAUGGUUGGUGAAACCAACAUCUAUUAGUCGAAAUCCACAGUCUGAUCAAACUUCCGUUUGUGUACAAAAUGGUAAUAUUACGCCUACACGUCGUUCUCCGAUAAUUCCCAGUACUGCUUCACCUUUGCAGCAGUCGAACUGUGAUGGUGUUAUCGGUAAAAGUACAUCUCCACAACAAUAUCAUCAUCAUUAUUUCUAUUAUUAUUAUGACAACAGUCUGGAGUCUAACAAUCCUAUCGAAGUGUCUAAUAAUACAUCAUGGAUGACCAGAGAAAAUGCUGGUACACUUGGAAGGAAUCUGGCAUCCUCUUUUACCACAUCAAGUGUUAACUCAGUAGUUAAUAAUUCUUUGCCUACUCGCGAUGUAUCACCAUUCCUUUCAGGUAGAAUGUGUCAACGCUUAAAUACUCAUCCUGUCCCAAAACAAAACUAUCUACAACAAUGUUCAUCUGCAUCUAAUAAAGUUGUGCUAAGUCCACCUUAUUAUCAUUCUGGUUUAAUAUCAUCACGUUUACCUUUAUUACCUCCACCAUCAUCAUCUACAAGUCAAAUAAUGUCGAAAGAAUCACGUGCACGAUGUCCUAGACAAAAUCCUUCAUUAUCUGUACUUAACACUGCCGUGUCAAAGGAUAUUCCCCUAAAAAGUAACGGAGGAGGUAAACAUCCUCCUAAACUGACCUACCGAUCAAUAUCACAACCGCCUAAAUCACGAAAUUGGUUAUCCUUUGAAACAGAAUUAUGAGAUGCUGUGUGUACACACCUCAUGAUGUGGGGGUGGGGGAGGAUAUAUUUUAAUGCAUAUCAUCAUCAGAACAAACCAAAACUAUGUUUUACAUACUGUGAAAUAUAAACAACCAACCAACCAUACACCGAUGUCUUUCAAUGCUUUUUUUUAUAAAGCAUUUCUUCACUUAUAUAAAGUGGGUUGUUUUUCUUUUUUUUUUGUGCAAAUUUUUUCAAUGCUCUCACUUCACUUAUAUAAUAUAUAAUUUCUAGUCUUUCUCUAUGCAUCACAAAACUCGACGUAACUUGUAAUAUUUAUUUACUAUUAUUUUUUGUUGUCGCUAAUUGUGGUCAGUGGUAAUUAAUUCAACAGUUAGGCUGUUUCUACUCUGUACAUACUAUACUGUAAAUUAUUAAUACUGACGCCGACUUGUAAAAUGAUGUAAAAGAUGUUCAUCUCCAAAUGAAUGAAUGAUGACGACGCUGUUGCAUUCUCAGAGAGUGCACUAAUAUAUGAACAUAUUCUUGUUUAUUCAAUGCUAAUGAAAUGGUCUCAUUCCUUUUUGUUUCUAGGUCAACUUCCUAAUAUGUAAUUGUAUCUUUCUCUUUUCUUUCUUUUUUAAAAUGUGUUGUUGCUGGGGCGGGGGUCUUGAAUUUUGAAUGGUUUUUCAGAAAAAGUUAGUCAUCUUCCACACAAUAAUAAUAAUAAUGUUAGGUUUCUGUCAAUAAAAAUAAACAAACUAAUUUUGAAGAUUUGUACUACAUUUGUCUUUGACUCACCUCUUCAAUGUAUUGUGGAAUGUAAUAUCGGCCGGCUGUGAAAGUUAGUUAGUUGGGUGUGAGAUUGCAUUUUCAUCCUAAACGUGUAUAUAUGGGAAAUAUCUUGGUAAUAAUGGGAAACAAAAUUAACAACUAUUCUGCGGUAGUUUAGUAUUAUUUAGUCUGCU